CGACCAAUAAACCAACUGAGAUACAAAUACGGAGCUUAUGAGACACUUUUCCAAGAUUUAAAAAAUGAUGAAAAUUUAUUUUUUCGUUAUACGAGAAUGAAUUUAUGUUUAUUUAACAAAUUACUUCAAUUAACUGAACCUCAUUUAACAAAAAAUAGCUAUCGAGCAUUUCCUGCAGAACAAAGAUUGAUAAUAGUAUUAAGAUAUCUUGCCACUGGAGAUCUUCCUUUGUCUAUCGCUCUAUCAUUUCGAAUUGGUGAAUCAACAGUGCGUAUGUUAAUUACAGAAGUAUGUCAGAUAUUAAUAAAUGUAUUACAACCACUGUAUCUAUCACAACCAAGUGAAGAAGAAUGGAAGUCGUAUGCUGAAGGAUUUUGGAAGAGGUGGAAUGUGCCAAAUUGUGUAGGGGCAGUAGACGGAAAACACAUUACCUUGCAAUGUCCCCCUAAUUCGGGAAGUCUUUUUUAUAAUUACAAAAAAUAUUAUAGUAUUGUUUUGAUGGCAGUGGCAAACCAUGUAUAUAGAUUUACGUUAGUUGAUGUUGGUGCAUACGGUGGUAACAGCGAUGGCGGAAUUUUUAACGAUGCAUUAAUUGGAGAAAUUUCAAAAAUGAAAAUUUAA